AUGUCAGGGAGCUUCAUCCUCAGGUCUGCGCAGCAAGAGGAUGCUCUUCAUCGCAUCCGGUACACUCUUAGGAGGUGGUGACUCGUCUCCUAGUGGAUUGUCCUCUUCUUGACAACGGGUUGUUCGUUGAUCAAUCGGAGAUGCUUUACUCGAUGGAUUCACGAUCCUUUUAUCGUGAAUCGUUCAGCAAUUUUAGUAACAAUGCUCCGUGAAUUGCAUUGACGAGAUUUUCGCCAAUGAUCCAAUAAUUUUGGUUGCUUAAUCCUUCACCGGUGAUCUACAGGAAAGUCGCGAUAAUCAGAUAAAAAAUAUUAAUUUUGGCUCUAGGAAGAAUCAAACCCGCGCUGGUUGCCGCCCCUUCUAGGGAAGGUGACACGGGUUUAGUCCCACAUCACUUGUGCGUCGAAUUUUCAGGUGAAUAUAUAGUAAUGUUACAUUUCUAAGCAAGUCCCUUUCUCGUGCAUGUACGACCACUCCUUGCCUCACAGUUGGCUGGCCACCAGUGACGUGGAAGGGGAGCGGCGCACACAUGCCCCUAUCGGUCCAAGCCGCUCGUGCCCCUGCUUGCGGCUACUCGCCAACUGCACUUCCAACCUACUUGCAGGCCUGGCUGGCUGGCGGGUUGAUAAGUCUUCAUUAUCAUGAGUUAAUAAUUAGUAAAUAAUAUAGUUUUAGCCUUAACUCAUGAUAAAUAGACUUAUAUUUGUGUUAAAGUGUGAAAAGUGGUUUUCAGUUGAUUAACGUGAAUUUUUGGGUAAUAAUGUGAUUUUAUACGAUUUUUACAGUUUUACUUUUAAGAUAAAAGAAGAACAAGAAAUAAAAAUAAAAAUAUUGCAAAAUGGGGGGACCCGCCGGCCAGCCAGUCCCGCAAGCGGGUCGGAAGCGCAGUCAGGGAGUAGCCGCGAGCAGGGGCUCGAGCGGCUUGAACUGAUGAGGGCACGUGUGCGCCACUCCCCUUCCACGUCACCGGUGGCCAGUUGGCUGUGGGGCAAGGAGUAGUCGUACAUGCACGAGAAAGGGACUUUGCUUAGAAAUGUAACAUUACUAUAUAUUCGCCCGAAAAUUCGGCGCACAACCGAUGUGGGACUAAACCCGUCACCUUCCUCAGAAGAGGCGGGGGCAACCGGCACGGGUUCGAAUCCUCUCAGAGCCAAAACUCAUAUUUUUAUCUGAUUAUCGCGACUUUCCUGCAAAUCACCGGUGAAGGAUUAAGCAACCAGAAUCGUUGGAUCAUUGGCAAAAAUCUCGUUAACACGAUUCGGGGAGCAUUGCUACUAAAAUUGCUGAACGAUUCGCGAUAAAAGGAUCGCGAAUCCAUCGAGUAAAUCAUCUUCGAUUGAUCGACGAACAAGUCGUCGUCGGGAAGAGGACGAUCCGCUAGGAGACGAGUCGCCACCUCUUGAGAGCGUACCAGAUGUGAUGAAGAACCUCCUUGAUGUGACUUAG